AAGAAGCCCGGACCGUGGCGGUUUUGACAGGUGGACGACCAUGGUUAGUUUAGAGAGGACGUAACAUUGAGCUGACGUGUGGUAUUUCUUUGGAACGGUUAAUGAGUGAAGGUUAAAAUACUUGUGCUUGUGUGUUUAACCGUGGUUUGGACGUGUACAAGUGAGACGCCACUCUGCGACAAACAGCAGCUCAGUCGGCUCAAAUCCGGUAGCCCUGGUUACGGUUGCCAGUGGAGUUUCAACUUAAUGUUAGCCUGGUAGCUAAACGAGCUAACGCAAAGGGUGUCGCAGUCGGCGGCUCCAGCGGCUCUCGUAGCAGGUAAAACUUGGUGCCUACGUCGAGUCGGCUGUAAUGAGUUAGCGACACGCUGCUUUUAAUUUCACAUUCAUCUGUUGCCAGUUGAAGCGGAAUCAACGUGAUUCGAGGCGUAGCUGUUUCGGACACCGUCAGAGAGCCAGCAGCCUAUCCCGGAGGACCAGCCGUCACACACUUGAAAUGUCUUCUACUUGUAACUUGUAGCUAAAGACUGGCCGCAAACACAAUAAUGGAUUGUAUCGGCAGCUAGCUCGUUUUGCCCCGACCGACCAUGUGAGCUAUCUCGUCACGAAAAGCAGCUGUGACCUGUGACUGAUCGCCGUGGGACUGAACCGGAGGAGCGAGCCCCCCUAACAACAACAACGACGAGGAAGACGCACCGAAACCCGACGGUACAUCCGAGAACGCUCACCUCAAAGCGCACAAGUCCGCGGUUGUGGUCCUGUUAACCGUGUGUCCGCGCCUACGCCCGUCUCAACAUCCUGAAAGGCAGAGAGAGGAGACGGAGGGAGGGAGGGAGGCUCCGGGGUUCCCGACAAUCAGCCGAGGAGAGGCAUCGCUGAAAUGAGAUGAGGCUCAGAAAUGGAACUGUGGCCACUGCGAUUAUUUUCUUCACGUCUUUCCUCAGCCUCUCCUGGUACACAGCGUGGCAGAAUGGCAAAGAGAAGCUGAUAGCAUAUCAGCGGGAGUUCCACGCUUUGAAAGAGCGCCUUCGCGUGGCAGAGCACAGGACGCUGCAACGCUCGUCCGAGCUCAACAACAUUCUCGAACAGUUCAGACGUGCCAUUGCUGAAACUAACAACAGCAAAGAUGCCCUCACAAACUUCUCAGAUGAGACCCAAAAACUACUGAAGGAGCUUGCAAAUAGGAAACCUCUCCAGGUGCCAAAUAUCUACCACCACCUGCCUCAUCUUCUCAACAAUGAGGGCAGCCUGCACCCCGCAGUGCAAGUUGGUCUUGGACGCACAGGAGUUACCAUGGUGAUGGGGAUCCCCACAGUGAAGAGGAAGGUGAAGUCUUAUCUGUCAGAGACUCUACGGUCUUUAAUAGACAAGCUGUCACCAGAGGAGAAACUUGACUGUGUCAUUAUAGUCUAUGUUGGAGAGACCGAUGUGGAGUAUGUUCAGAGUGUGGUUGCUGGACUGGAGAAAGGGUUUUCUACAGAGCUGAGUUCAGGUUUGCUGGAGGUCAUCUCCCCGCCGGCCGCCUAUUACCCCGAUCUCACCAACCUCAAAGAGACCUUCGGAGAUUCCAAAGAGAGAGUCAAAUGGCGAACGAAACAGAAUCUGGACUAUUCCUUCCUCAUGAUGUACGCUGUGAGCAAAGGAGUUUAUUAUGUUCAGCUGGAAGACGACAUCGUGGCCAAGCCCAACUACUUUGCAACAAUGAAGAACUUUGCCCUGCAGCUCUCGUCGGAGGACUGGAUGAUCCUGGAGUUCUCUCAGCUGGGUUUCAUCGGAAAAAUGUUCCAGGCUCCAGAUCUAAACCUGAUUGUCGAGUUCAUUUUUAUGUUCUACAAAGAGAAGCCCAUCGACUGGCUGCUGGACCACAUUCUUUGGGUCAAGGUCUGCAAUCCGGAGAAAGACGCGAAACACUGCGAGCGGCAGAAGUCCAGCCUUCGCGUGCGCUUUAGACCCUCUCUGUUUCAACAUGUGGGCCUUCAUUCUUCUCUCGCUGGAAAGAUACAGAAACUCACAGACAAAGACUUCCUAAAGCCCCUGCUCCACAAGAUGCACGUAAACCCCCCGGCUGAGGUCUCUACUUCAAUGAAGGUGUAUCAGGGUCACACGUUGGAGAAGACGUACCUGGGAGAGGAUUUCUUCUGGGCCAUCACUCCUACUGCAGGGGACUACGUCCUCUUCAAAUUUGACAGACCUAUUAGCAUAGAGAGGUUCCUGUUUCGCAGCGGCAACCAGGAGCACCCCGGGGACAAGAUCGAGAACACCACAGUGGAAAUACUGCCUGUUUCGGAAAACGGACUGCAGACCAAAGAGAAGUACAAGCGUACCGAAGAUCGCUUUUACAGGAUCGGUCAGUUUGAGAAAGGGGUGGCAGAAGGAGCUGUCGAUCCUUCCUUCAAUCCUGUUCUGGCUCUGAGGCUUUCUGUACUCAAAGACUCUGCUGUGUGGGCCAUCCUCAGCGAAAUACAUAUAAAGAGGAUAACUGGCUGACUCUACUGGAGGGGCUUUAUGAAUCAUGGCCCCAUGGGGGACCAAAAUCUCCUAGACUGCUUACGCAGGGCCUCUGGCUCCUAGCAACAAGCACUAGAGUUGCUCAUCUGAGCUUGUCUGAAGAACACCACCUCUCCGUCUCCACUCUUCCUGGUGUACUUUUAUUAUUAAUUUGCUUCUCAUUGAGCGGUUUCUCCUUUUCUUUUUUGCAUCUCUGUCUCACUCUUGUUUUCUUCAUUUAUUUGUGAGAAUGUGAAUACUACUGUCUGAUGAACAACAGCGGAGCGUGUGAAGACAUCUGCUCCCUGCGCUGGUUCACAGUGUGACUGCGUUGUUCAGCAACUUUGAAAACAAUCAGAAAAAUUCCUGGACGACUGAGGUCGAAUCGUCACAUCUGGGAGAACCGGUCGAACUGGCCACUGGUGUAGAUGCUGCCAAACACUUCUCUAUAACUCGAUGCUGCCACCUUUGGGUAAGCUGGGGCAUUGCACUGUCACUAGCGCCUCAGCCAAGCCCGUGAUGAUCAAGAAUGUUAUCGUCACUAAUGGCCAGUUGCUCUGUGUUCUCAGCAGAGAUGACAGAGCUCUCGAUCAACACCAGCUCAAACUAAAAUGUUUUCCUCAUUCCCAGAGUAUUGUAAGUCACAUCCUGAAACUCAAAUCCUGCCUGUAGCCAGCUGGUAACAACUUAGACCAUAGGCCAGUACCAGUGGUAACAACUCUAAUCCAUCAAGAAAAUAUUACCAUGACACCAUAUCUAUCUCACCUCUUGUCUGAAAGGCUGUGUAUGACCUCAGUGUCCAUUUAUAGAAAACCAAUCGGACAUUGCCUUUGCGCCAUUUGAAGGAAUAUAUUGUUAUACUGAUAUAUUAUUACAACUACGACUGACGAUCUAUGAAGGUGACUUAAUUUAUUUGAAAUAAAUCUUUAAUUUGUACAAGAGGUAAAAUAUAUUUUUAUUCUAUUCAGAGAUGUUUAUGGUAGUUGGGAGUCUGUGUUUUCGUGUACUUUUUUUUUUUUUUUUUCCUAAAUUGCUGUUGUACAUUUCGUUUUUCAUCGGAACAGCUGCUUGUGGUCUGUGGCUUGUCUGUUGGUGCAGGUGCCUCGAUUCAGUCUGUACCAGUUUCUUUCUCACUGGAAGUCAAACAUAACAAAAUUAAUUCAUUUUUGCUGUUAAACGGCUGAAGAGUAGGAAAGUUGUGAAUAGAUUCUGUUGACGUAGUUGUGGAUGUGGGUCAAAAUUGUAAAAAAGAAAAAAAAAAAAAACGUGCCUUAUAUCCAGGUCCCAACAACAUUAUUUGAAUUUGUUCCCUUUCACUUUUUGCCUCUACGUUGAUUGCUGGAUAUACUAAUAUUUUAAAAAUAACAGUCAUAUAAGUGGUUGACUAUAGCGGUUAUAUGCUGAAUUAGUAAACACGGUGGGGGGAGGGUUUUAUUUUCCAGAUUAUCAUCUUGAAACGGCGUGAUUUGCACUGCUUUUUCCCUUCUUUUUUGUCACAGUCACAUCAUCACUGUAUGUAACUUUCAUUUCUUUUCCACAAUCCUCCACUUUACAAUUCACUUGAUCAUUCACGGAUCUGUUUUCUGAUUAGACAGAAUAUUACGACUACUGAUUAUUGCAGUGUGCCACUGAUUGUAAAUACAUAAACAGCAACAAGUAUCUAUCUUAUCUAUUUCUCUCUCUCACCUUCUCUUAAUACUUUAUUGAAAUCCACUUGACAUGGUUUAGUGUGUGUGUGUGUGUGUGUGUGUGUGUGUGGUCGACGUUCUGAGUGGAAGCUGUUAAAUGAAACUCCACUCAUUUUAUAUGUUGGUGGUUUAUUGAGGGGGUAGUGCAGUGCCUUUAGGUUGAAGUGACAUGAAAAUGGGGCUCUUUUUUUGAGUUGUGCUCAUUUACAUGCAUGAUUAUCAUUUGUAAUCUAUAAACAAUGUUUUGAUUUUUGUCGGAACAGGCCCUUCUACCCCUGAUCUACACUGGAGCUGUUUUCUAGUAACAGGUUCAGACUUUUGUUGAAUUUUUAUUUGGGAGAAUGGGGAUGGGAGCAAGCCAUUUUAACUGUGUUAAUAUGAAAGUGGAAGGACAAUUUUUGUAAUGCUAAAAGGACUGUCUCAAACCCCUUUUGUCUGCAUCCACAUACAAACAGAAACUCAAUGCAUGAAGUGGUCAUGUGUGUGAUUCUGUCACCCCAUUUGCAGAAAGUGGAAAGACAAACAGAAUGAAAGCAUUGCUCGACAUCCCCUGGCACCCAUCAUUUUAUGUGCCUUCAUCGUGUACAUGUGUAUGCCUGAUUCUGAUGGUUUCAGCAUCGUUUUUCAUGGACAUCUUUGAAAUAAAUGACAAAAGUUGGUAGAAUUCAUA